GCAUGGGGAGUUGAUGAAGAAGGGGGGGAGGUAUGCGGAGUUGGUUAACUUGCAGCAGUUGGGGAGGAAUAAUUAGGUGGUGGGGGGAACGUGCAUUGUAUAAUUUUCUUGAGAUUUGAUUGGGGGGCUUGUAGGGAGGAUGGAUGGAUGGAUGAUGGCCAUCUUGGGGGGAUAGAGAGAUGGUUCUGGCGUUUUCUUAUUUGUUUUGGGGGAUCUAUCCCGAGAGAGUAGAGGGGAAAUGAAGAGAGAGUCAACUUCAAGCAGGUGGUUCAUGGUCUUGAUAUUGAUAAUGCCGAUUUCGUCUUCUCAUACGGAAACUCGUUCUUCACCGGAGAAGUCCCAUCCGAGAACCCCUUGGUCGCGCGCGGCCAGGUUGAUGCCGUCGAUUAGCACGGUGUGGGCGACUAUCCUUUAUGAGGUGCUCUGGAACUUGGUGGAGAAGCAUGGUAACUCUGAGGCGCGCCAGCCAACGUUCAACGGGAAGGUGCCGACGGACGGGAAGUUCUUGACGAUGAAGUUGGUUAUUGAUGGCAUGGCUCUUCAACCCUGCAGCCCUACAUUCGUGCAAGCCCGCGACGCGAUCAUUGAUGCCAAUAAGGCGCUCACUGGUGGUGCGAACCGGUGUGAACUCUGGAAGGCGUUUGCGAAGCGUGGAUUGGGUCAGGGUCCGUCGAUGGGGAGCGGGUCUACGGGAAGGAAGGAGAGCACGACUGUUCCUUCCGGAGUUUGCUAGAUGGGUGUAGGAAUGGGGGAG